AUGUGGAGAUGCAUUGAUUGCAUGGAACUCAACGAGCAAGUGGGGGAUUCGGCGAAGGAAGCUCGUAACAUGGCGGAUAGCGAGGAAGGCUUCGGGCUGCCCAGCACGCCGGCGGAUUCGGAGGCCAAGGAGCUCCAGGCCGAGGGCAAGCAGGACACGCAGCUGGGGGCCACCAGCAAGUCGCCCACCUCACCCCAAGCAGCCUUCACGCAGCAGGGCAUGGAGGGCAUCAAGGUGUUUUUGCACGAACGCGAGCUGUGGCUGAAGUUCCACGAAGUGGGCACGGAGAUGAUCAUAACAAAGGCCGGGAGGCGAAUGUUCCCCAGUUACAAAGUGAAGGUCACUGGACUCAAUCCAAAAACGAAGUACAUCCUGUUGAUGGAUAUUGUACCCGCGGAUGACCACAGAUACAAAUUCGCGGAUAAUAAAUGGUCGGUGACAGGCAAGGCGGAGCCGGCCAUGCCCGGCAGGCUGUACGUGCACCCCGACUCCCCGGCUACCGGCGCGCACUGGAUGAGGCAGCUGGUGUCCUUCCAGAAGCUCAAACUCACCAACAACCACCUGGAUCCCUUCGGACAUAUCAUCCUGAACUCCAUGCACAAAUACCAGCCCCGGCUUCACAUCGUGAAAGCGGACGAGAACAACGGCUUCGGCUCCAAGAACACCGCCUUCUGCACCCACGUCUUCCCGGAGACCGCCUUCAUCGCCGUCACCUCCUACCAAAACCACAAGAUCACCCAGCUGAAGAUCGAGAACAACCCCUUUGCCAAAGGCUUCCGUGGCAGCGACGACAUGGAGCUCCACAGGAUGUCCAGGAUGCAGAGUAAAGAGUACCCAGUUGUUCCCAGGAGCACAGUGAGACAAAAAGUGUCCUCGAAUCACAGCCCCUUCAGCGGCGAGACCAGGGUCCUUUCUGCCUCCUCCAACCUGGGCUCCCAGUACCAGUGUGAGAACGGGGUGUCCAGCACCUCCCAGGACCUGCUGCCUCCUGCCAACCCCUACCCCAUCUCCCAGGAGCACGGCCAGAUCUACCACUGCACCAAGAGAAAAGAUGAGGAAUGUUCCACCACCGAGCAUCCCUACAAGAAGCCCUACAUGGAGACCUCUCCAGCAGACGAGGACCCUUUCUACAGGUCCAGUUACCCGCAGCAGCAGGGACUGAACACGUCGUACAGGACUGAGUCGGCGCAGCGCCAGGCCUGCAUGUACGCCAGCUCGGCGCCGCCCACGGAGCCCGUGCCCAGCCUGGAGGACAUCAGCUGUAACACGUGGCCCAGCGUGCCCUCGUACAGCAGUUGCACAGUGUCUGCCAUGCAGCCCAUGGACAGGUUACCCUACCAGCAUUUCUCUGCCCACUUCACCUCGGGGCCGCUCAUGCCCCGCCUGGGCAGCGUGGCCAACCACACGUCGCCCCAAAUCGCAGACACCCACAGCAUGUUCCAGCACCAAAGCUCUCACCAGCCCAUCGUGAGGCAGUGUGGACCUCAAACGGGCAUCCAGUCCCCUCCCAGCAGCCUGCAGCCGGCGGAAUUCCUGUAUUCCCACGGCGUGCCUCGAACCCUGUCGCCCCACCAGUACCACUCGGUGCACGGCGUGGGGAUGGUGCCAGAGUGGAGCGAGAACAGCUAA